AUGGCUUCAGUUAUAGCAGCGCUUUCUGUCUUCGGAUGUCUUGUGUCGAGCCUGCGGGGUCAGUGCUUGCCGCUGAGUGCGCAGCAGUACGGCGGGGUUGCGUGGGGCGUGCAGGGCGCCAACCCGGGGUGCGGCUGCGGGGCACAGUUGGCGGCGGUAGACAGCGCCGCGGCCGCACUGGCUGCAGCGGACGGUGGCGGCUUCGCUGUGAUGAGCUCGUCUCCCACGCCACCCCACGGUGUGUCGGUAGUGUCGGACAACGAGUACUCUGGUAUUGUGGCAGUAGCGGGUCAGUUGCCAUUCCUCGGCACUACAUACUUAGAGGGCGCAGUGCCGUCUGCCGGAGCUGGCGCAGUCGCUUACGGGUGCGGAUACGGGGAUGUCGCCAUCCUAAGCGAGGACUUUGCAGGCGCGGCCGCCAGCCUGCGCUAUGCCAGCGAUCGCAUCGCUCCCAGAACUUUCGGCGAAAUACGCGGAUGCGGCUGCGGCAUACUUUGA